UAAGGUGAAAUGGGUUUAUACAGUCAUGUAACGUUAUUGUAAGACGACACGAGUCUAUUACAAUAACCACACAUUUGAAUCCUUACAGGCCUAUUAGAAUCGCUAAGCUAGUUCACGUUGUGCAUGGUGUGUGACGGCUCGAAUCAAAGAACGGACAUCAUAAUUGAUGUAUCUGUAAUAGCUCUAUGAUAUUGAUGUAUACUCUUGAAGGAGCGGAGGGCAAGGAGCUGAUUUGAUUGCGAAAAAUAUCAUGGCCACCGCAAACUCCCGCGUUGACUCCUGGGGAUAUGUGAUUGUUUUGAGCAAGUUCGUUAUCCUUUUUAUUGAUACCGGAAUAGAGAAGUCGUUUGGCGUUCUGAUUCCCACCUUAGUUGAGCGCCUGGAGUCCGACUAUGCAACGAUUGGGCUGAUAUGCAGUAUGCAUUCAACGAUGAUGUAUCUUGCUUGUCCUUUUGUAACGCUCGCUCUUCGUAGAGUCAGUCAUCGCCCUGUUGCUAUGUCAGGCGGCCUGUUGUCAGCGUUGUGUUUUAUUGCCUGUGCUUUCUUGAAAACCACAGCUACUGUCGGCAUCUGUCUCGCCCUCUCAGGUGUUGGAAUGGCAAUGACGUACUUGCCUACAGUCCUUGCACUGAAUGAUUACUUUAAAGACACUUUUGUUUUAUGGAGUACAGUUGCGUCAUAUGGCUACAUAUCAGGGUCAUUGCUGCUCCCUAUCUUAACUGAAAGGUCACUUCCGGCGUACGGAUACCAGGGGGAAUUCAUCAUCUUUGGCGGUGUAGCUCUUCACCUUCUCGUUUGUGGAGCAACGCUUCGGAAGGCGACCGAUAGGUCUGUAAAUGGCACGAGUGAAGGCGGAGGUUGCGAUCAAGAGGAGAAGAGACAUAGGUGUGGUUCCGUAGAACGUCCAUCACUGAACAGGGAGGUUAUGCUUCAUCAACUGGAUGAGAAAGGUGAGGAAGAGGACGUCUCUCUGUUAGAGUGGGUGGACAAGGAACAAGAGAAUAAGAAUUGGAAAGAGACAUUACUAGAGAAAAGGCGUUUGAUUCAACAGGAGACCAACUUUCAAAGAAACCAGAAAACAUUACCGAAUGACUCUCUGGGAAAUUGUGGAAUUCUUACGGAAUGGAUCUUUUUUAUAUCACUCGCGACUCUAUUCUUGUUUUCUUACGCAACUUACUCAUGGAUGCUGUUUUUGGUACCCCAUGCUGAACAUCUAGGUAUUUCUCCUUCCAACGCCGUUUACCUCUCUACUUUAGGUGGAUUAGGUGGCAUACUCGGUCGAACUAUCUUGAUCACCCUCAUCAGCAAAGGAGUCAGUGACCUGUCCGUGUACAUCGUGGUAGGUUCAAUCUGCUCGGGGUCUUUCUUCUUGGAUUUCAUCAGUUCUGCUUAUCCUGUCCGCGCUACCCUGGCAUUUAUCCAAGGGUUUUCCUUCUUUAUCGAGGAUUCUGUGUUAACCAGUCUAAGUAAAUCAGCGAUUUUCCAUGAGAAUAAUUUCGACAUGGCCGUGGCGAUUGCCAACUUCACGAGUGGGCUAGGCAUAUCCUGUGCCGGAAUAUUCACAGGUUAUCUGAUUGAUGUUACCGAGUCAUUCACGAAGGUCUUCAUCAUCAUCGGUGCCAUACACGCCAUUGCGGUCAUCAAUCUCAUAAUCGUAUGCUUUCUUAUCAAAAGACGACAGAAGCACUUUCAAACAAAAUAGUGUUUGUGUCAACACUCAACUGUGUGCUUUUAACAUUCCAGUGUGCUUUAACAUUCCAGACGAGCAGACUAGCAAGGCGAAUGUGUGUUACUGUUCUAUGUUAGCUUUAUAUUUUGAAAUGUGUAAUAUACAGCUAGUGCGUCCCACACAAAAAAGGAAACCCGUUUUCAAUAGGUCUAUGUUUUUACUAUAUAAAUUGAUACUCAUCACAAGAGUGGAAUAUCAUAUCGAAUUUGAAACCAACAGCUUAACAAAUCGUCACGCAAGACAGAUGACAAACAAUGAAUAUUGAGGCUUAUCCCCCCCCCCCCCCGGGGGGGGUACUUUCAUUGACGAGUGGAUACCAUGCGCGACCAUGGAGUCUCAAAAGGCACCCUAAACAUGCUAAAGUAUUUUCCAUAUUCUGAAAAUGCACCCCUUUAGUACUGGCAUGUAACACCCUACCCUUAACAAGUAUUGGAAACAAAACGAUACCCUUGCAAGUAUUCCCUGAACUGAACCCCUAAACAAGUACAGCGAUAUAUUUAAGUAUUAUGUCACAGACGUGGGUCGUCGGUUUUAUCUUUUCCGACAUCAUUGGGUUUAGUACGGCCCCACCUCCCACACGACUCUAAACACGUAGUGUUGACUGUUGGGGCAAAAAGUACAUCCUCGAUAAAAAAAUUUAGUCUUUUUUUUAUACCGUCGCAAAUUUGACCCUAAACAUCUAGUGAAAUAAAUACCAUAUUUUCAUUAUUUUAGUGUUUUUGACACGUACGUAACUUUAACGUGCCCUAUGUAAAAAAGACAUUUUUACGUGUUUCUUUUUUGGUCGCGCAUGGUAUCCACUCGUCAAUGUAAGUGCCCCCCCCCCCCGGGGGGCAUCAGAAACGAUUUGCGCAGAAACUCACGUGUGCAUCUGAAUCCACUCUCAUUUUAGGGAUCAGUGAGAGAAUCUUAAAAAUGCUAAUGAGCCAAUCGUUGAAUAAGCACGGUCGUCGUAUCUCGAACAAAUCUUGUCCAAUUUUUCUGCGCAACCUGGUUUUGACAUUAAAUUUCAAACUCGCCAUGUUCAUUAAUGCGUGAAGUGUUGGUAUCAUGUUAGGUAUCAAAGUAAAGAAAAAUAAUUUAAUUAUAUGAUUAUGUAAUAAAAUAAAAUUUAUUUGCCUUUGAAAAGAGACAUGGGAAUCCCAGUUUCCUUUUUUUUCUGGGACACACUGUAUAUCAAUUUUUAAGUGGAUUAAAUUUUGGGAUUAACCUUGACAGAGCAAUGGCCUUUGGUUUAUCCCCCAAAGUAAAUAGGAAUAAUUUAAUUAUAUGAUUAUGUAAUAAAAUAAAAUUUAUUUGCCUUUGAAGAAAAAAGACAUGGGAAUCCCAGUUUCCUUUUUUUUUUCUUGGACACACCGUAUAUCAAUUUUUAAGUGGGUUAAAUUUUGGGAUUAACCUUGACAGAGCAAUGGCCUUCUGUUUAUCCCCCAAAACCUCCACUCUUAGUCUUGACUAUUUCUUUUAUAAUGUUAUGCAUAAUGUAAUAUGCAAUUUGAUUUGUUAACUUGAUCUUUCAAAUAUUUUGAUGUGUUUUUAAAGUGAUGUGAAUAAAAUUGAAUUAUUAGCAACGCAAAAAAGAAUACAAAAGAGAUGAUAGGGAAAGAGAAGAGAAACAAAAUCGUUCAGAGUAUGAAGAAAGGUGAAUUAACUGGGGGGAAGCGAAUUAUUGGAGAAAAAAAAUCAUAAAAACUUUCAGGUCAUUUUAUAAGAAAACUUAAAAUUUAGUUCAAUAACACCCAACAAUGUCAAUAUAUCCUUUUAAAGGUAAUAUUAAUUUAGCUUUUAGAAUAUUUUAACAAAUAUGAGACAGUCACAUUUUUAAAGAAAUCUUUGAAUAGAGAGCAAGUUUUAUACUUUAUAUGGAAAACUGUGGAAAGAAAAUUAAAUAAGUAUCAUGCACAAUUAUUUCAAAUCUGUUUCACAUUUUAUCUUUUACCCAUAAUGUGUUGUCCAUUUUUUUUAUCCUCAAGCUUAUUGUAGGCUGUAUCUGUUUUCUUUUUGCUCAAAGAACGAUGAUGUAAAUAAGAACGCAAACAAGGAAAAACGAGGUCCAUAUAUAUACUCACAAUUCCGCUUUCGUGUCAGUAUAUCAAAAAUUUCAGCUCGCGCUCUGCGCUUCAUUAUUUAAACACAGCAUGAUUUUUGUUUUAUCUUGAACAUAUUCAUAAAACGACCGGUUUUCAGUUAGGAAUGUUACUAAAUUUCAGCUUGUACUUAUCGUUUUAUCAAGAAAGAUAUCCUUUUCAUAAAAAUGCAUAAUCUGCACGCGCUUUGCGCUCGCAACAAUUGUUUAUUGAGAUAUUAUAUCUUAUUCUCUUUUGAAAACCUGCUUAAACUUUCCUGUUUUUCAGGUAGGGUUGUCAGAAAAUUUAAUUGGUAAGAAAAACGUGCUUAAGAGAGUUCUGCUUUCAAGUCGGUAAAAAAAAAUCAAAAUCAGCUAGCGCUUCGCGCUCGCACCAAUUGUUAUUUAGCUAGCCAUCCAUUUCAUGGUUACAAAAAGGGCAAGAAAUUUUUUAGUUUCACUUAAUUUUCACAAAACAAUUAUAUGUAAAACUUUGUGACAUGCAAAUGAGAGAGCUGAUGAUAAAUCGACGGUGAUCCCACAUGUUCAUGGAGAUAUAAAACAUUGUUUCACUGGUCAAUGAAAAGAUUAAAAUAUUUCAUGUUUCACAUAAUAAAAUACACAAGAAAUAGUGACGUCAUCAGUCCCUGCAUUUGCAUACAGACCAGGAUGUCCAUAUAAAUGUUUUGUAAAAUGAAGUGGAACUAGAAAACGCAUCCUAACGUUCUUAAUUUGCAUCCGAUUUUGAUGAAAUUUCAGUGUUAUGCUGGUUGGAUUUUACUCUUUUUUUUCAAAUCACAUCAUUUUUUGUAAGCGUAGACUUGUCGUUUAAAGAUAUUGAACUUUACCAUUACUUGGUUAUUGUCUUUGAUGGAGAUAUCAAUAUAAAACUAUCGCGACAUAAGUAUGUCAGUGCUUCCACUCUUCCCGAAAUCCAGGAAAUUCCGGAAGUUUUAUUUUCCAAGAUCAUUUAGGGAAGUGAGAAAUUCCGCGAAGCUAUCAUUUCCAGGAAUGAUAUCAUUUUCUGAAUAUUAUGACAAAAUCUAUCUCAAAAUUGGAUCUUUGUCAUGAAAAUAUCAAAAAAAAAUUGCUCACUCGCUCGCAAUUCUUUUACCCUAUACGUCGUUGGUCAUAUUUCGCCCCGGCCCCUCAAAAUUUUAGGCUCAUUACGGCACCGGGCCCUAUAUUUCAUCUUUUUUUGUGAAUAGAAGAGAAGUAUAUCUAUAUGAAAGACUGGAGAACAUUUUUUAAAUUCCAGGAACUUUCAGAGCAAAUUCCAGGUUUCGUUUUGAAAAAGUGGAAGCACUGAAGUAUGUAGGCCCAGGGGCGGAUCCAGGAUUUU